ACUAGCUCCUCACUGAAUGCCAGCCCUCAGUGCAGAUGAUGCCCCCUGGACACAGGGACGACAAAGCCACAUCACUCCCACAAAGAUUUGCAAUCAAAGGGAGAGCCAGACAAGCAACCAACUGGUAGAAUAACACACAUCUGACUAAGGAGGACUCGUGAGAGCUUCCUUCAGAUCCCCGAGCAUCAGUGUCUUCCUCUUCCCUCUCCUCCCUGGAAAGAACUGUGGCUUAAAGAAGAAAUUUCACCUAAAUUCAACCCCCUAGUCUGGCCCACCUCAAACUGACCACAGACGCCUGGAAAGGCGAAGACGCGGUCCACCAGGAACCUCCUCUCCUAGCUCACGUUUCUACCCGAGCCUCCAGAGACCCGGACCGGAAGUGUCGCGCCGCCGGCGUACAGAACUACCUAUGUAAACCGCUUUUGCUCUGGCCGGAAGAGAAAGGUGCAGCGCUUGGAAGGCUCCCCUCCUAAUUCCGGUUUCUGCGCUGUUGCCGUUGCAGAUGAAGGAAUGGAUAGCUGAAAGCAUCCGAGACUCUGGUUUGCGACAUGCAGGGCGGAGGCCACUGCCCCGAUUGCGGCUCCACCGAGCUCGUGGAAGACUCUCACUAUUCUCAGAGCCAGCUGGUGUGCUCAGACUGUGGCUGCGUGGUCACCGAGGGAGUCCUUACUACCACCUUCAGCGACGAGGGCAACCUCCGAGAAGUAACAUACUCCCGAAGCACAGGGGAAAACGAUCAAGUUAGCCGCAGCCAGCAACGAGGGCUCCGCCGCGUGAGAGACCUCUGUCGGGUUCUGCAGCUGCCGUCGACAUUUGAGGACACGGCCGUCGCCUACUACCAGCAGGCGUACCGGCACUCUGGGAUCCGCGCUGCCAGGCUGCAGAAGAAGGAGGUGCUGGUGGGGUGCUGCGUCUUGAUCACCUGCCGACAGCGUAACUGGCCCCUGACCAUGGGGACCAUCUGCACCCUGCUGUAUGCAGACUUGGAUGUGUUUUCUGGCACCUACAUGCAGAUAGUGAAGCUCCUGGGCCUGGACGUGCCAUCGCUGUGCUUGGCGGACCUGGUGAAGACCUACUGCAGCAGCUUCAGACUGUUCCAGGCUUCCCCGUCGGUGCCAGCCACAUACGUGGAAGACAAAGAGAAGAUGCUGUCGCGAACGCUGCAGUUGGUGGAGCUGGCGGACGAGACGUGGCUGGUGACCGGGCGGCACCCCUUGCCGGUCAUCACCGCUGCUACGUUCCUGGCUUGGCAGUCGCUGCGGCCAUCGCAUCGGCUCACGUGCUCCCUGGCCCGCUUCUGUAAAGUGGCGAACGUGGAGCUGCCCUGCCCUGCGGCCUCCCGCUUGCAGGAGCUGCUGGCCGUGCUGCUGCGGAUGGCCGAGCAGCUGGCCUGGCUGCGUGUCCUGCAGCUUGACAAGCGCUCGGUGGUGAAGCACAUCGGCGACCUUCUCCAGCACCGCCACACGUUGGUCCGCGAGGCCUUUCGAGAGGGACCGGUGGGGCUGGAAGCCGGGGAGGAGGAGCCGCGGGGACAGUGCGGAGGGCCAGGGCAGGGAAAAGAGGAGGUGGCCAGCGGUUCCUGCGGUUUGCCUGUGGGGAAGCGGCCGGCUAGUCCCGCCCUUCUCCUCCCACCUUGCAUGUUGAAGCCCCCAAAGCGGGCCUGCCCCCCACCCCCAGUCUCCACAGUCACCGGAGAUGAGAACAUAUCUGAUAGUGAGAUCGAGCAGUAUUUGCGUACCCCUCAGGAAGUGAAGGACUUCGAAAAAGCUCAGGCUGCAAGACAGGCUGCCAGGAGUGUUUCUAACCCUCCCUGAUGGGCAGCGGUGGGGGAGGCGGGGUCAGGGGGCACCACCACAUUCUCACAGCAGCUUCAUGAUCAGCCUGUCCUCUCUGGAGAAAUUGGCGUGUGUGUGUCCUGAGGUGUUUUCUUGUUUGAGGGAACCAAGGCACUCUGCAGUUACUCGGACCCUGGGUCCUGGAGUAGAGGUUGGGAGCAGUGCAGGGACAGUCGGGUUGGAGGGAACCCCGUCCCUUGGUGCCAGAGAAGUUGCCCCUAUUUGUAUUACAAGGAAGGGCCUUCCUCCUAGGAUGGUUGAGGGGGGGGGGAUUAGGCUUUUGCCUGGUUUGAGAUGGGUACAGUGCUGCUGCAGCAGGCCUGCUGGGCCCUCGCUGCUGGUGCGGAGCGGCCGGUGGCAUUUCAGGUGGCAUCGGCCCCCAGAGGACAGGAACCGGGCAGCUCUGGGCCCCGUGACCGCCUGUAGGCACCAAUGGGUUCUUGUGUAUGUACGGGAUCAUGAAAUCCUCUACCUCAUAACAAAAGGACCGUGGGUGGACUGAGGUUAUAGCUCAAGGGCUUUGCAAAAUUUUAAUAUAUUAAAACAAGAGGCAUCUGCUAGAAAACAUUCUAUUGUAUAAAACUCAAGCUUUUAAAAACAUGUUUUCUUUGGCACUUUUCAUCCCCUCCCUCCCUUUUCCCCAGCGCAUUGCAAAAGCUCUCCAGUGCUAAGGCGUCGGCGGGGCGUGUGAACGGCAGCCAGCGUGUGUGGAAGAAUAAUACGAAGCUUUUUUUUUCCUUUUUGUCUAAUAUUGUCUGUGCAGCAAGCAUAAA